AUGGUGGAUGUUCUGGCUCGCAUACAUGAAAUGAACGCGGAUCGUCGGUUGAAGCCGGCUUCCGAGUGGAAUGACCCCGCCUUUACGCAGAUAUGGAGUAAUGCAGAACAGCCACCAUUCUUGCAUGGUGAUGAACCCAUUCCCCGUGAUUGCGAGAGAGUUCGAAAGCGAGAACGAGAACUAGAUGUAGAUGAUCCCUUUGUUCAAAGGGAUCGGAAAAGAUUCAAGCACGCACGUCCAGGCUCCCUCCGCCAUCCACGAAACCAUCGAAACCUUGUGGCCCUUCGAAUAACGCAGAGCGGCCACCAUUCCUUCAUGCUGAUGAAUACAUUCCACCUCCAAGUGAUCCAGGUAGAGAGUGCGACAGAGAAAGGGAAAGAGACAGUCGUGGCAGAGAAAGAGAUUUGUUCGCAAGAUGCCGCGCUUGUGAUCGCGGUUGGGAAAGUCGGAGAGAACGAGAACGUACACUUAACACGAUUUCUUCCUCUAUAG